GUCCGUGCCCGCCAGUGAUCUGCACUAGAUCGCCACACUUGCCCCUACCCCGGAUUCUGCGAUGUCACGUAGUCCGAUCCGCGGCGUGGAGGACCCGCCCGUGGAACAGCCAAACAAGGACGAGACGGUGGCCGACAGCAUCCCCCUGGCCGGUGAGAAUCGUCCUGAACGCGAAGAUCCCUUCGACGAGGAUCCCUUUGGCCAUGAUGGUCUGGGCGUGGUCAGGUACCGCACUCUAGCCUGGUGGCAAUGCGGAAUGAUCAUGAUCGCCGAGACUAUCUCACUGGGUAUCUUGUCGCUCCCCUCGGCCGUGGCGAACCUGGGUCUGAUCGCGGCGGUGAUCCUGAUCGUCGGACUGGGCACCCUGGCUACCUACACCGGCUAUACCCUGGGGCAGUUCAAGCUGCGCUAUCCCCAUGUUCAUAGUAUGGGGGACGCGGGUGAGGUGCUGAUGGGACGCGUCGGACGCGAGGUCCUGGGCACCGCGCAGCUGCUCUUCCUGGUCUUUAUCAUGGGCAGUCAUAUUCUCACCUUCACGGUCAUGAUGAAUACCCUCACUGAUCACGGUGCUUGUUCCAUUGUGUUUGGGAUCAUGGGCCUGGUUUUGUCCUUUGUGCUCACGCUUCCUCGCACCCUGAAGAAGGUGUCGUGGUUUUCCAUUUCAUCGUUCAUUAGUAUCUUCUCCGCGGUGAUGGUCACCAUGAUUGCCAUCUCGAUCCAGCGGCCCGGUGAUGGGCGUGUGGAGGCGACCGUGUCGAAUAGCUUCUAUAAGGCGUUCUUGUCGGUCACCAACAUUGUCUUUGCCUACGCCGGGCAUGUGGCCUUCUUUGGCUUCAUCUCGGAGAUGCGCGUGCCCACCGACUACCCGAAGACGUUGUUUCUGUUGCAAGGCAUCGAUACUUCGAUGUAUGUGGUCACCGCGGUGGUCAUAUACCGGUACGGGGGAAAGUAUGUGGCUUCGCCGGCGCUGAGCUCGACCAGUCCCUUGCUGUCCAAGAUCGCCUAUGGCCUCGCCAUUCCAACAAUUGUCGUAUCGGGGGUCAUCAACGGCCAUGUGGCAUCCAAGUACAUCUACGUGCGAGUGUUCCGAGGCACCGGUCGCAUGCACCAGCGCGGACUUGUCUCGGUCGGAUCGUGGGUGCUCAUCGCGCUGAUUCUGUGGACGCUUGCCUGGAUUAUUGCGGAGGCGAUACCGGUGUUCAACGACCUGUUGAGUCUGAUUACGGCGCUCUUUGCGAGUUGGUUUACAUACGGUCUGAGCGGAGUCUUCUGGCUCUUCCUCAACUGGGGUAGAUACUCCUCGUCGCCGCGAAAGAUCUUCCUGACGGGUGUCAACCUGCUGGUGGUGGGCAUCGGAGGGUGUCUGUGCGGGUUGGGUCUUUACGUCUCGGGCAAAUCCAUCCACGAUAAUCCGAAUAGUGCCAGCUUUUCGUGCGCCAACAACGCCAAGGCUUAAAGCUGAUUGGGGGGAACAUGGGCUUAUGAACAGAAUAAUGCAGGCAUAUUCCGGGGGAUCCUAGAUCCAGGCACACCCACAGAGGACACAGAGUACCUUAAUAAUGAUGUCAGUUCUGGUACUCGGAGCCUAGAAAGGGUCGAGAUAGCUGCUUGCCACUAGGCCCGCAUGAGAC